AUUGCUGCUGCUGGUGGUGCUGCUGCUUGCUGGAUGGUUGGAUGGCUGAUGGAGAGAUUAUUCCUAAGCCCUUCCCAUUCUCUCCCCCCUCUUCUGCCAGGACCACACUGACUGUCCCUCCGGGAGUCAGAGCUGAGUGAAGAAGCAGGGCAGGUUCUGCUGGCUCACUGAGCUCCCCACCAGGAAGCCCAGGCAGCCAGUCCCCUUCCAAAGGGGGCACUUGCAGGUCCUCUUGCAAGCUCUGGACCCCCACAGUUCCUCAUCUAGAGGCUUCUAAGGGGCAGAAUGAAUGGACUUCUCCUCCCUGGAAGAGCAAAGACAAAGCAGAGAGACUGAAACUUAGCUGCCCAGAAAUAGCUUUUCUUCUCUGGCCCCCAUCCCCAAUCUUUACUACUCACCUACAUGUCUAUUCCCUGGGACAUGAGGAAUGUGCUCUCUUCUCAGGGAGGCGGCUGAGCACCUGGAAACAAUCCCUCCCCUCCUCAGGAUGAUAAACCCAGUGUAAUCCAGCUGAGCUCCCACAAGACUCCCUCAGAGAUGCCUAUGCUUUCCAGAGGUAAGGGCGGCGAGAGCGACCACCGCUAUGCUUCCUGUAGCACUCUGGGUCAAGUCUCCCCCAGUCCAGUCAGGGCUCGUCCCAUCAAAGGACUUUAUUACCAAAGGGCCCGGAAGGUCGUCCAUCCAGACCAGUUCCUGACAGUUGAUCUGAAGAGGGAGAUCAUCGUCAAUGUCGGUGGGAACAAGUACCUUCUCCCCUGGAGCACGCUAGAUGAGUUCCCCCUGACUCGACUGAGCAAACUGAAAUUCUGCAGGAACCACGACGAGAUCGCCCAGCUCUGCGACGACUAUGAUGAAGACAGCCAGGAGUUUUUUUUUGACAGGAGUCCCAGCGCUUUUGGGAUGAUCGUCAGCUUCCUGGCAGCUGGGAAACUUGUGCUUUUACGGGAGAUGUGUGCCUUGUCCUUUAAGGAAGAGCUGAGGUACUGGGGGGUCGAGGAGUCCAACCUCGAAAAAUGCUGCUUGAGAAAGCUCAGACAGAAGCUGGAAGAGUUGGCCGAGAUGCAGAAGGACGAGGAACUGCACAGGCAGAAGGAGACCACUAGCGUCUCCAAGGAGGAGACUCGAUGGGGGCUUUUUAUGAGCCAUCUCAGGGAUAUGGUAGAAAACCCUCAAUCAGGCCUCCCCGGGAAAGUGUUUGCCUGCCUCUCUGUCCUCUUCGUGGCCACCACAGCUAUAAGCCUCUGUGUCAGCACCAUGCCUGACUUAAGGGCAGAAGAAGACAGGGGUGAAUGUUCUCAGAAGUGCUAUUACAUUUUCAUCAUAGAGACCAUCUGCGUUGCUUGGUUUUCCCUGGAGUUCUGCCUGCGAUUUAUCCAGGCCAGAAACAAGUGCCAGUUCUUCCAGGGACCCCUGAACAUCAUUGACAUCAUGGCUAUUUCCCCUUACUACGUGUCACUCAUUGUGUCCGACGAUGCCCAAGGAGAGAGUGAGAAGUCAAGCGGCAACAACUACCUGGAGAAAGUGGGGCUGGUGCUCCGGAUCCUGCGGGCCUUGCGCAUCCUGUAUGUGAUGCGGCUUGCCAGGCACUCCCUGGGCCUGCAGACCCUGGGUCUCACCGUGCGCCGCUGCACCCGGGAAUUUGGCCUUCUCCUGCUCUUCCUCUGUGUCGCCGUGACUCUUUUUUCCCCCUUAGUCUACGUGGCCGAGAACGAAUCGGGGAGGGUCCUUGAGUUUACCAGCAUCCCAGCCUCCUACUGGUGGGCCAUCAUCUCCAUGACCACUGUGGGCUAUGGGGACAUGGUGCCCCGGAGCGUCCCAGGACAGGUGGUGGCCCUGAGCAGCAUCCUGAGCGGGAUAUUAAUCAUGGCAUUCCCAGCAACAUCCAUCUUUCAUACUUUCUCCCAUUCUUACCUAGAACUGAAAAAGGAACAGGAGAGACUUCAGGCCCGGCUGAGCCGCAUACAAAACACCAAUCCACCCAGUGAGCAGGAGCUCCUGAGGGAAACGGACAACCUGCUCUGAGGAGGAACAUCCUCACCUUUCAAAUGCCCAUGA